AUGUCGGCUCGAUACCCACGCGUAGCGGUGCUCCUGGGCGUGCAGCCUCGAUGGCACGUGCCGCUCUUGCUCUGUCGGGCUCUCUCGACCGUGUCGGCCGCGUGGUGGGCGUGCCAGACUUGUUUCAGCAUCUAUCUGCUCAUCUCGGACUACGAUACAACGGCGGCGGCGGACACCACGACGACGUCGUCGUCAUCGUCGUCCUUGUUCACGACGCUGUCAGCAGCAGGUGGUGGCGGCGGUGGUGGUAUCACUGGCGGAAUGAGCGCUGCUGCUGCUGGAGCUGGAGCUGGAGCUGGGAACAGUGGUUCUCGUUCGCUUUUGUUGGAGAAUCGCGUCUUCAGGCGCAUGGCUGUUGCGCAGGUGUGCUUGAGCUUUCUCUGGGCCGGCGCCGCAGCCUACCUCGCACACAUGUUCGCCUCGUCCCUAAUGUCGCGGUGGCUCUUACACUACUCUCCCCUAGCGGUCCUCGUGCGUCUCUGCAGCCUCUCGAUCCUGCUGUCUUUCGGAUGCCUGCAGAUCUUCCGGGCCUCGCAGGCGACGGAACCGAACUUGCACCUGCUGAGUCGCAGCCUGCUGGCCUGGAUCGCCAUCUCGAUCGCUCUGAUGCUCGCGUACUUUUGUACCCAGCAGGACAUUUUCUCUGCGGCGGCCUACGAGCAACACGGCCGCCACGAUGACAGAGACCGCGAGGAGAGAGAUAAUCGUCGCCGUCGCCAGAUUCUUCGCCUCAAGUGUCUCUAUGUUAUUUCGGCGUGUAGUCUUUUUAGUCUGUUGGUCUUGGUGGGCAUCGUACAGUUUGAUGACAUCGACAUGAGUUUCAUGGGAUUGUAUACGGCUGCUCUUGAGAGAGGCAGUCAGGGCUGCGUUAGCACUUUUGAGGAUUGCAAGGCGUUGGCGGCGGAUAUGCUUCGUCAAUGGCGCAGGUUCGCUAAUGGCGCGGUGAGGUUUGGGGCUGAAUUGUGA